CAGGAUAGUCACAGAGGUUACUAUAUAACAAGCCGGAGAUCUGCAUUAUCCCAUUGAGGUGCAUCUCCCCUGAACUUACUGCAGGCGCUAAAAAAUGAAGGCAGUACUUUCCUUGUUGGCUGUACUGGGUGCAGUUGUCUGUGUUUAUGCUGGAAGUUAUGGAGGAGGAUAUGGUGGCAAAUCAGUAUACCCCCAAGUUCAACAGUAUGCCUACCAACAAACAUAUAGACCAGCCACCACCCAGUACGCCCAAUACUACGCUAAACCAACUUAUGCCAAAUUACAAUACGUUCAGCCAUCAUACGUUGCCGUUGGCGGUGGUCCAAGUGUCGGAUUUGGAGGCGGAAGUGGAAAUCUUCUUGGCGGAUCUGGUGGCUCCAUUAUCCCAAUCAUUAUUAUCUUCGUAUUGUUGGCCAUCUUUGCUCCAUUACUGAUUGCCUCCCUUACGUCGAGUAACGAGGCUUUCUUCGACUCUGUUGGUAGUUAAAAAGUAGCAGGAAGAAUAGGAAAGGGGGAAAUUCAUUUUUUAUACUGACUGUCUGUAUCACAUAUUAUGUUACAAAUAAAAUUUUAGCAUUCGCCA